AUGGCCCUGAGGCCAGACCUUGGGAGCUGUUCGAUCAAAUUGAAUGCAGCUGAUUACGAUAAAAAUACUGGUGGCGACUCUAAAAAUUUUAAGCCGGUUGCUACAGAUGGCAAUGUUAAUAGUCACAAUGAUGAUUUUGGUGAAUUAGAUGCAAUUGCAAGUGAUAGAAAGGUGAAUAUUAACGCCCUUACUGCUGAUGAAAUUCGUGCUAUGGAAUUCGGUAUGGUUGAUGAAGCAUAUGAAUUUUAUUUUAAGUAUGGUAAAUGCAAAGGGUUUGCCAUUAGGAAAAGUGAUGUUAGGACAAGAGGGACUGAGGGUGGGUGCAAACACCACUCUCAAACAGUUGUUUUUGGUGCUACAUUGGUGUCAAAUGAAACGACAGAUACAUAUAAGUGGUUGUUGGAGUGUUUUUUAGAGUGCAUGAACGAUAAAUACCCAGAAGUAGUUGUAACAGACGUAGACAAGGCGAUAAGGGAAGCUAUAAAACAGGUGGUUCCGGAUGCGACACAUUGUUUAUGCACUUGGCAUUUGAAUAAGAAUGCAGGUGAGAAUGUGAAGAAUUCAGGAUUUUUGCAAGGUUUUCAAAAAGCCAUGUACUCUAAUUUUACAAAGGAUGAGUUUGAAGAUUUUUUGUUAGAGCUAAUUAAAGACAACGGACUUGAAAGAAAUCCUUGGGUUGUAAAAACGUACGAGAACAAGUCACUAUGGGCAACUGCAUAUCUACGUGAGAGGUUUUUUGGAGGUAUAAGAACUACGUCUCAAUAUGAAGCCGUCAAUGCAAUCAUCAAGAGUUAUGUUAGGAAGAAAGGCCACAUUUUUGAAUUUAUGCACAAUUUUGAGCAGGCUUUGAGAUCUUAUAGAAAGAAUGAACUGGUUUCCAAUUUUAAAUCAAAUUUUUCAGAACCUGUGAUGUCUACUCACCUGCAUGAAAUUGAGAGGCAUGCAGUGCAGAUUUAUACCGCGAAGAUUUUCAAAAAAGUCAAAGAUGAAAUAAUGAAGGUUGGAUCAUUGAUUGUUAAUGCAAACUUAUAG